GAAAUCAAAACUUUUAGAAAAGAGAGGAUGAUGACAUUCUCAAUAGCGAGGAGUAUGAAGCUAGGGAGAUGCUCAAAGCGGAAGAAGAAGACCCUAUUAUCUCCGACGAGAAAGAAGAGGAGAGCGAGUGUGCAGCCGAUUAAGAAGGGGGACAAAGUUGAUUUAUCAACUCUCCUCUUCACUAAACAGAGAGAUUAUCUUCUCAGAGGAGACAAGCAAAGGGUCCAGGCUAAGCAGCUGGCUGGUAAGGUUAUUGUAUUGUGUUUUAUGAACCUUGUUCAUGAGCAUUAUUAUUGGAUGCAAGAAACAACAUGCUUGGUGGACAUAUACAACGAGUUGCAGCCUAAAGGCUGUUUGGAGGUCAUCUUUGUUGGAGCACCAGAUGCCGCUCUUUGUUCCGCACAAGAAGUAUGUUCCACUCCUCAGGAGCAACGUUUUGAGGAAAGAUACUCUUUAAUGCCUUGGCUAACCAUCCCGUUCUCGGAUCUCAAAACCAGGAAACAUCUUGAAACACGAUUUGGUGGUAUCGCAGGUUUCAGUGAUAGAUAUCCUGUCUCUUUUGUUAUUGAUCCCGAAGGGGUUGUUUUGCAAGAUAAUGGCGGGUUUUAUUUUCAAGAGUAUGGGGCACCUGGAUAUCCUUUCAGCGAUGAAAAGAUAAAUAUCAUUAAUUCUGAAGAUGAUGCAGCCAUACAGCAUCCCUCAAUAACAACACUCUUGGCCUCUCCCGAACGUAACUAUGUCAUCUCCAACAGCGGUGACCAGGUUCUUGUUAGUGAUCUUGAAGAUAAGGUGGUAGCCUUGUAUUUUUAUGAAGAGCUCCCUAUAGGGGAGUCUCCCGAUGCCGACGACCUCACACCAAAGAUUGAAAUGGUCUACAGACAGUUGGCUAAAAAUGAGAACUUUGAGAUUGUGCUCAUUUACGCUCAUGACACAGUAUAUACUUAUGAUUGUACAACUGAAGCAUCAUUCCGGAAAACAUUCAGCAAAAUGCCUUGGCUGGCCCUCCCAUUUAAAGACCCAAAUUGUAAGAGGUUGCAGCGGAUUUUUGAUCAUCCACUGAGUUUGAAAGAUCUGGGACCAGAUCCUACACUAGUGAUUAUUGGACCUCAUGGGAAUUUCAUUGAAGAGUAUGGUGUCGACAUAUUGCUGAACUUUGGUAUUGCAGCAUAUCCAUUUACCCGUAAGUCAGCUGCCAAGUUGGAGGCUGAAAAAGCAAAGAGGGUGAAGCUGGAGAUGUUCUGGAGGGAUCCAAACACGUUUUUCAGACAAAAGGAUGGUCCAGAUGUUCGAUUCUCCCAACUUGCAGGGAAGAGAACCAUAAUCCUUUUUGGGGAUGGUUGGUUCCAUAAUUAUGUUGAUUUCUUCAGGGUUCUAAAAGCAAGGUAUAUGCAAAUGAAGAAUACGAUUGAAGAAUUUGAAGUGAUUCACAUCUCCCGUGAAGUGCAGGGAUCUGCAUAUAAGCAACGUGUUGCAGCCAAACAAUGUUUGAAGCACCCUCCAUUUUCUCAGGACUCUCCAUGGUUGACACAUCCUGCAUUCGCUUAUGAAUCAAAUGAACGCAAGUUGAUGCUAAGCAUUCUUCGUUAUGGUCGUGGACUUCUUGCAUUUGACAAGGAUGGAAGGCUUGUGACGGGAACAACAAGUCCUUCAAUUGAAAGGGAGGAUGCAGACUUUCCUUUUCACUCUGGUAGUUUGGAAAAUGAUGCUGUUAUUGAGUUAGAGAGCAGGUUCCACUGGCAUUCCUAAGACGAUGGUCCUUCCAACAGAUAGCGGGAGUAAUGGGUCGUUAUGUGUCUUUUAUUCAGGUUUUUACUUGGAAGGUUCCAGUGAGGCUUGUAGCCUUCCUAUUUAUUUUGUAUCCCACUUUAUAUGGGGUUUGCUACAGUGCUAAUUUUGUGCAUCUACUUCCGAGUGAGACACAAUGAUAUGAUAUAUUAACGAUAUAUUUAGCUGGCUGAUCA